CUCCUGGGCAGCUCCUCCUGCCACAUCUGCGUCCCUCUCGCACCAUCGGCCCUUCUCCCGAAGCGCAGAGAUGAGCCAGGCCAGGCCUCGCUAUGCCAUCGAGCGUCCUGCCUACUCCGUCAGCCUCUUCGACGAGGAGUUCGAGAAGAAAACCAGAACUUAUCCCAUCGGGGAGAAACUGAGAAACCUCUUCAGAUGUUCAGCCUCCAGGUUCAAGCUCACCCUCCUCUGCCUGUUCCCAAUACUGGCCUGGCUUCCCAAGUACAAAAUCAAGGAUUACAUCCUGCCCGAUGUGCUCGGCGGGCUCAGUGCGGGGACAAUCCAAGUGCCACAAGGGAUGGCCUUCGCCCUCCUGGCCAAUCUGCCUCCUGUCAACGGGCUCUACUCCUCCUUCUUCCCCCUGCUCCCCUACUUCUUCCUCGGGGGCAUCCAUCAGAUGGUGCCAGGGACUUUUGCUGUCAUCAGCAUCAUUGUUGGCAACGUCUGCAACGAGCUGGCCCCGGAGUCGGACUUCCAGUACUUCAACCACACCACCAACCAGACCAGUGUCAACACCAGGGCCCUGGAGGCGGCCAGGCUGGAGAUCUCAGCCACCCUGGCCUGCCUGACAGCCGUCAUACAGCUGUGCCUGGGCUUCCUGCAGUUCGGCUUCGUGGCCAUCUACCUGUCCGAGUCCUUCAUCAGGGGCUUCAUGACGGCGGCAGGGCUGCAGAUCCUCAUCUCCGUGCUCAAGUACGUCUUCGGCUUGACGGUCCCGUCUUACACCGGGCCCUUAGCUAUCGUCUACACAUUCAUUGACAUCUGUAAAGGUCUGCCCCAAACCAACCUGGCCUCCCUGGUCUACGCCUUGGCCAGUGCUGUGCUCCUGAUCGUUGUCAAGGAGCUCAACCUCAAGUACAUGAAGAAGAUCCGGAUGCCCAUCCCGAUGGAGAUCAUCAUCGUGAUCGUUGCCACCGCGGUCUCCGGCAGCUUCAACAUGCCCGACAAGUACGGGAUGCCAAUAGUGGGGAAGAUCAGCAUGGGGUUCCCACAGCCCACCCUGCCCCUGGUGAGCAAGUGGAAGGACAUGGUGGGCACGGCUUUCUCGCUGGCCAUCGUGGGCUACGUGAUCAACCUGGCCAUGGGGAGGACCCUGGCAGCCAAGCACGGCUACGACGUGGACCCCAACCAGGAAAUGCUGGCCCUGGGCUGCAGCAACUUCUUUGGAUCUUUCUUCAAAAUCCACGUGAUCUGCUGUGCUCUCUCUGUCACCCUCGCCGUGGAUGGGGCAGGAGCGAAAUCCCAAGUGGCGAGUUUCUUUGUGGCUCUGGUGGUCAUGGUGACAAUGCUGUCCCUGGGAAUCUACCUGGAGCCUCUUCCAAAGUCUGUGCUGGGAGCCCUCAUCGCCGUGAACCUGAAAAACUCCCUCAAGCAGCUGGCUGACCCCUUCUACCUGUGGAAGAAGAGCAAACUGGACUGUCUGGUCUGGCUCGUGAGUUUCCUCUCCGCUUUCUUCCUGAGCCUCCCCUACGGCGUGGCGGUGGGCGUGGGAUUCUCCGUGCUCGUUGUGGUUUUCCACACCCAGUUCCGCAACGGCUCUGCCCUGGGCCAGGUGACUUCCACUGACAUCUACAAGAACCCCAAAACAUACAACAAGGUCCAUGAAAUUAAUGGGAUUAAAAUCGUCACCUACUGCUCGCCGCUGUAUUUCGCCAACUCAGAGAUAUUCCGGGAGAAAAUUAUAGCCAAGACAGGGGUGGAUCCUGGCAAGGUGUACUUGGCCAGGAGGAAGUUUGUGAAACAGCAGGCAAAGGGCACAGCACAACCACCAGCGAAGCUCCCGAAAUUCCUGCUGAAGGAGAGCAAGACCUUGUCCUUGCAAGAGCUCCAGAAGGACUUUGAGAGCGCCUCUCCAACAGACACCAACAACAACCAGACCACUGCUAACGGUGCCAGCAUCUCCUACAUCACAUUCCACCCUCCUGCCCAGGGGGCUGGGCUGGGGCAGAGCCCCGGGGAGCUGGGCAGCAGCAGCAGCACCUUCACCGACCCCGUGCUGACAGCACCGCCCUACAUCAGCUUCCACACCAUCAUCCUGGACAUGAGCGGGGUGUGUUUUGUGGACCUGAUGGGCACAAAAGCGCUCAGCAAGUUGUGUUCCAGUUACCAGAAGAUUGGGAUUAAAGUCUUCUUGGCAAACGUGCAUGCCCAGGUGUACAAUGACAUCAGCACAGGGGGAGUCUUUGAGGAAGGAGGCCUGGACCGAAGUCACAUCUUCCUGACCAUCCACGAUGCUGUUUUGUUUGCACUGGCCAGCAUCAGAGAAUUUGUCCACCCUCCCAUCUUGGAAGAGAGGCAGACCCAGACAGAGCUCUCCAUCUAUGAUGAAUCUGUGGACGAGAGCAGUGCAGAGUACAAGAACCUGGAGGAGGAGAUGUUUGGAAGCAUGUUCCACUCCGAGAGCCAGACAGCUCUGUGAGCACAGCCAGCAGCAGGAAAACCCUCCAGAACAGGCUCCUCUCUCCCACUGGAGACCUCUGCUUCUACCUGGGGAUACACAGCGGCUCUGCAGAGAGGCCAUCACCCUCCAGAGCUGCCAGAUCCCUCUCUCCUCCCUGCUUUCCCUCGGAGCAGAGGGCUCUGGAGCAGGAGCAGCCUGGGGAAGCUCGGGAGAUGCCAUCUCAGGGACUGCAGAAGAGGAGCUCGGCUCAGGGGAUGUUCAGCCACCCCUUCAUCCCCCACCAUCCUUCUGCCCACGCUGGAAUUGCAUCAUCUGGGCAUCCUGAUCCCUCCCUUUCCCCGAGGAAGUGAAAUUCAAAGCUGAAAAGCCUUUUUGGGGCUCGGCUCCACGAGGUGUAGCACUGCAGCUCUGCCAGGUGCUGCUGCUCUCUGCUGUGCACCCCGAAUUUCUGCAGCCCUCUGCAGCCUCUGCCUCUCCUCUUCUGCAUCCCAGCAUCCCAAAAAACACUGCCUCGAACCAGAGCUCUAUUUCUGACACCCCAAAGGCCUCAGGACUCUCUCAGCAGGGCUGAAUUCUGAAAUAACAUGAUUUUUUUUUCCUUACUAGGACAGGCUUGUACUCAGAAAUAAGACUUCCUCUUUACAUUCAGGUUGUCCUGCCUGCUUGGUGGGUUGAGCACAUGAAAAUAGACUUUUAAAAUAUUUGAAAAUGCUGUUUCUAUUUUAAUACUCUAAAAAAAAAUAUUACAAAUAUAUAAGCAAGCUUUAGUGUACGGUUUUGAAGUACACAGAUAUUAUUGAGCUGAUUGCUGAAGGCUUCCUGGGAAGAGAAUGUGAGGCUUUCCUGCAGCUCCCAGAUGUCUCAUUUUUAAGGAAAAUAGAACUUCUUCAACCAUCCUUGCUAGACAGUCACUAAAGGAAACAACAGCAGCCCCCUGCCAGUUUGGUUUUAUGUAACAUCUCAAUAACCAAGUCACCAUUUCUCUACCUCAAUUUCUGAUUAUGUGGUGCAGGAGAGAGUAAUAAAACCAAAGGAGGGCAGAAAACCCCACUAGCUGAUGCUUAUUACUCAUUUUAAUAUUAAACAACAGUGGUUUCUCCAGAAAUCCCCGUGUAUAUCUUGUUUUACGAGGUAAAAUCAAGAGAUUAAGCCUCUUGAAUUAUCCUUGAGGGUGAUUCCUCAUGUCCUUUUGUAAUGCCUGAGUGCUCCUCCUAAAAAGUGCUAAUUUUGAAAGAAAGGCAAAACAGAGAUAGGUGCAGAGCAACAA